AGUGCACAAUUCUCUUGUACUCGUCUUGGCAUGUAGCCGUGUAUGGCUUGGCACUCACUACCGUAGCCCAGCUGGCCUUGACCUUGUUGCAGUCCUGGCUCAGUCCCUCAAGCACUGUCAUAAUCAUCUUUUAAGAGCUAUCUGGAGACGGCUGCAUGGCGCGCUGCGAGCGGCUGCGCGGCGCGGCCCUGCGCGAUUUGCUGGGCCAGGCACAAGGCGUCUUAUUCGACUGCGACGGGGUGCUGUGGAACGGCGAGCGCACCGUGUCGGGCGCCCCCGAGUUGCUGCAGCGGCUGGCGCGGGCUGGCAAGACCACGCUUUUCGUGAGCAACAACAGCCGGCGCGCGCGGCCCGAGCUGGCGCUGCGCUUCGGCCGCCUGGGCUUCGCGGGGCUGCGCGCUGAGCAGCUCUUCAGCUCAGCGCUGUGUGCCGCGCGCCUGCUGUGCCAGCGUCGUCUGCCUGGGUCGCCGGGCACUGUGUUCGUGCUAGGCGGUGAGGGGCUGCGCGCCGAGCUGCGUGCGGCGGGGCUGCGCCUGGCGGGGGACCCCGGCGACCACGGCUCGCGCGUGCGCGCCGUGCUCGUGGGCUACGACGAGCACUUCUCCUUCGCCGGGCUGAGCGAGGCGUGCGCGCACCUGCGCGACCCCGACUGCCUUCUCAUAGCCACCGAUCGCGACCCUUGGCACCCGCACAGCGACGGAAGCCGGACCCCCGGUACCGGAAGCCUGGCUGCAGCAGUGGAGACAGCCUCAGGACGCCAGGCCCUGGUGGUGGGCAAACCCAGCCCUUACAUGUUCCAGUGCAUCGCCGAAGAGUUCAGUGUGGACCCCACCCGCACACUGAUGGUGGGUGACCGCCUGGAGACCGACAUCCUCUUUGGCCACCGCUGUGGCAUGACCACCGUGCUCACACUCACAGGGGUCUCACGCCUCGAGGAAGCCCAGGCUUACCUGGCAGCUGGUCAGCGUGACCUUGUGCCUCACUACUACGUGGAGAGCAUUGCAGACUUGAUGGAGGGGCUGGAGGACUGAACCCACCUCCCCCAUUCCCCGAUCCCGUAGGUGGAGGCUGCAGGCCAUGAGUCACAUUCGACAUGAGCUGCCUGGCCCAGGUGUCUUACCCCAGUGAAGGGAAGCUGGAAUCCAGGAAGGUUUGUGGGCCCUCAUACCCCUCCCAGCAGUGGCUGGACACUCGACUGUUCGGAAGCUGUCCCUCCACAUCUUGAAGGUUCACCCUGGCCUGACCUCACCACCUGGGGUCACCUCCAUAUAUAUAUGCCCUGAAGCCAAAUGAAAAUUUUCUCCAACCCUGAGUACUUAAUUAAGCUCCUUCCCUUCCCUGGGAGCUGUAAUGCUCUGUCCUUAGGUCCUUGUUAACCAAUCAGAAGUCUAGGGAACUCCAGCUAUUAACAGCCUAUGGAAGGAAAGACACCAGUAGUGACUAGCAUGUUAGUGUCUCACAGUGGGCCCUCAGUGGACCAAGUAGGAGCUUAAAGAUCACCUUGCAUAUCCUGGAGCUCCAGAGCACCGGUCUGAAGGCUAAGGGACAAUGACCUCUGGAUGUCCAUCAGGACAACAAUGAUCCCCUGGCCUCUUAGAUCCCAAACAACAAUCUACAAGUCCGCGACAUGGUGGCACCAGAAGACCAGGUCCUAGGAGGGCAGGGUGAUGAAUGCCUGUCCUUAUAGCACUUGGAAGGCUGAGGCAGGAGGAUUGCUCUGAGUUUGGUGACCUGGGUUGCAGAGUAAGACCUCAUUUCAAAAAGACAAACUUGAAAGUCAGCCUCCUCCAGGAACUGAUCCAUGGGCCCUAUGUGACCCUGGGUGGGAUGAAGAGGGUCCCACCGUAGUACCGUCCAGUAUUGAUGGUCACCCCAGCUUGGAAGGGGCCCUUAGGUCCCGUCCCUUGAGAUCGGUGUUUGCUGUGCCACCUCUCCAGCUGCUCAUU